CCCACCGGCAGGGAGAAUGUUUAAGCCAUCGACCGAGUCGCCGUGUAUCCCCGACGCUUGCAAUUAGCCCGCGCGUGAUUGGCCGGCGGCGGCUGAGUCAUCCGCGUGGCCGGCAAACCCGAGGUAACCCUCAGGCAGAGACUGGCAGCUCCCAAAGCGACAAAACACAUCGUCGCCUCCCCUUUGGACCUUCAUCUCUCUGCCUCAAUUGCCGCUGGCUGGCUGCCUUUUGUCCCCUCUCCAUUCCGGCGUCUGCUCCUCCACUCCACUCUCCUCUCCUGCUUCUCUCUUUCUUGCGGCUCUUACCCGCCCCGAAUUACUCUCUCCCUUUCCGACCCUUGAUUUCCUGCGCCAGCCUUUUCGAUCCACAAAAGCCACCAUGGCCGCUCUUCGCUCGACCUCGCGCCUCGUCGCAUCCUCGCGGCCUCUGUUCCGCCCCUCCGUCUUCGCUCGCUCCUACGCGACCGUCGACCCCGUCGCCCAGGCCGGCUAUGCCAGCAGCAAGACCGUUCCCGAGACCAAGACCUCGACCGACCAGGAUCCCAACAUGUCCGAGAGCCCUCGCGUCAAGAAGUUCCACAUCUACCGCUGGAACCCCGACAAGCCCACCGAGAAGCCGUCCAUGCAGUCCUACCAGCUGGAUCUGAACAAGACCGGGCCCAUGAUGCUCGACGCGCUCAUCCGGAUAAAGAACGAGAUGGACCCCACCCUGACUUUCCGGAGGUCUUGCCGAGAGGGUAUCUGCGGUAGCUGUGCGAUGAACAUUGACGGUGUCAACACCCUGGCUUGCUUGUGCCGUAUCCCGACCGACACGGGGAAGGAGUCUCGCAUCUACCCGCUGCCUCACACCUACGUCGUCAAGGACCUGGUUCCCGACCUGACGUAUUUCUACAAGCAGUACAAGUCCAUCAAGCCGUACCUGCAGCGUGAGACCAAGACCGAGGACGGCCUGGAGCACCGCCAAAGUCCCGAGGACCGCAAGAAGCUGGACGGUCUCUACGAAUGUAUCCUCUGCGCCUGCUGCUCGACCUCCUGCCCCUCGUACUGGUGGAACAGCGAGGAGUACCUGGGCCCCGCCAUCCUGCUGCAGUCCUACCGCUGGCUGGCCGAUUCGCGUGACGAGAAGACCGCCGAGCGCAAGGCCGCGCUGGACAACAGCAUGAGCGUGUACCGAUGCCACACCAUUCUCAACUGCUCGCGAACCUGCCCCAAGGGUCUGAACCCGGCCCGGGCGAUUGCGGAGAUUAAGAAGAUGAUGGCCGCUCACUAAGAUGGGGUAGAAAAGGGAAAAAAGACUUGUGUUUAUAUUUUGUGAUAUUCUUUGCAUCCUUCUUUUCUUUUUUUCAUUCUCCUUUUUUUUACUUAUUUUUUGAUGUUUUGGUCGCUAUCUAGCUUUUCUUUGCGUCCUAUUCCCUCGGACUGUGGGGUUUUCAUGUCGGAUGUUUCAUUAGGUGUAAAUUGUGAAUAUUCAUAUAAGAC